GGCGAUAACGAAACUAGGCCACAAUCAAUUCGGCACGGGGAAAAGGAGCUUUGCAGACUCGGACCUUUGAAAUUAAAACCCGAGGUGUUUGCUGUGAGAAAAUGAAUCACUGAUAGUGUUGGCUGUUGAGAUUAAACAGAAAUGAUUUAAAGGGAUAUUUUUAACUGCUUUUGCAGAAACGACCCCCCCCCCCCACACACACACCUUUCUCUCUACGACGGCUGGACACGGAGCUUCGAGACAGCAAAAAAUCAGCGUGUGCGCACCGACACACAGCAAGCAGGGAAAACAACCCCCGUGUCUUCGUCAGUUCACCGGCCAAUGGUUGUUUUUCCCUGAAUAGAGGGCUUUAGUAGAGACAGGCUGGCAUCGAGGAGACAUGGCAGAAUCGGAGUUACAAACCUUUACUUCUAUCAUGGACGCUUUGGUUCGCAUUAGUGUAAGUAUGACGUUCAUUAUAUUAUUUCGACCAUGUGAUCUUCAUUCCACCGGUUAUUUCACUUUACUCCACCUUCAUUUGGAUUAUUUGCCAUAUUCUACCCGAGCUAUCUGAUAGGGGUUGCGCGUGUGAUGCAGGAAUCAAAAGCUUUUACCAUUUGCCCAACAUUGGUUUGGCAUGAAUUGAAUCAAAGGGACGCUGGCGGUUCGAGCACCGUUGGUAGACAUAAAAGCUAGGCCACAAAUUGUGUUCACACAGGAGGCAAACGCUGUUGCAGAGAGAGCAGGGGGGCUCUUGAUGGUCAUGAAUCGAGAUAGGCUGCUAAUAUUAGCCAACAGUGACUUGUUGUAGCUUCAAAAUGCUUCACGGGCCGGACACGAUGAGAAGGCAAAGAUGAUGCACGUUGUCAUAGAAACGGGAUGCUGCGUUUAGUGGUUGGAGGAGCUGGAAAAGGGUUUACACCACCAGUACCACUGUUGUAAAACCAGGCCCACAGGCUGACACACUGGGAAAAAUGAGAGCUAUUUAUUUAUUUGUAUUGAUUUUAAGAUGCAUCAUCCCUCUGUGUGAAAGGUACCUGGUUAGCAAACGAUGGCAUCCUGUGCUAGAGCAACCAAUUCUACACCCUUAUGUUUCAAGCUAGAGGAAUCCAUUUUUACUGAGAGAAAGACCAGCAAACACCUGAACUAAAGGGGCAUUAGUAUUUAACCCUAGAACACUAAAAUUAGUAACACCAUCACUAUCACCGGGUGAUUUUUACCCGAAAUAAUAUACCCAAGAAAAAGUACUUGUCAUCAAAAUAUAUCAAAAUAGGACAAAACAUGACAAAUUAAAGUAGUUUCCUUUUAUUUUUAACUGUGCAAUGUCCAAAUGAAGGAACAAAAAGUGCCAUGAGGGGUAAUAUAAAAAUGCAACAAAAUAACUGAAAUUAGGCAUUCAUGAACAAAAAAUUCAUUAAAAAAGUAUAUAUAUAAACUGUAAAGUUAGUUUCUUUUCCACCCAUUCCUGGAGCAUGUGAGUCUUCCCUGGUGAAGACUCAGGGUCCUUGGCACAAUAACAGCUGCAGGAGAGAGAACCAAAAUAUUGCAUAUUUUGAGUGAGUAAAAAUGACCAGCUGACUAAAAUAUUUCUUAUCACCAUAUGAAUUCUCUUAAAAAUCACUACUUUGCGAUAGUUAUUCAUAACCACUGCACAAAAUAAAGAUAGCAUGCAAAUUCCAGGACCACUCUUACUGACCUUAUUCCCUAUAUGCAGCUAUCAAAUCCACCCAAACCUACUUUACCCUCUAUCACUAUUGCUGGGUGAAAAUCAUCCGAACAUGUGCCUGUAGGAAAAAGCAGGUUUUGGAUCAGGGAAACAAAUAUGCCUUCAAAGAUGUCAAAGGCAAUGCUGAAGCUACCCAGGGAGCCAUGAUACUCAGACAAACGCAACAUAAUGAAAAUCACGUAAACAUGUUUGGUCGGGUGAAAAUUCUCUGUAUCCAACUCUAUGUGGUUGUCUCCUGCAGCUCCCAGACUCGCUCCUGACUCCUACACGUCUCAUACACAUUUUUAGGUCACAGGAGGCUCAGAGAAAAAGAAGCAGUGCAUCUUUUGUUUAUUAUAAUGACUCAGCCUUUACCGGCUCUGACUCCUCACUUCUCUUCUUGAACCUCUGCAGUCCAACAUGAAGAGCAUGGAAAAGGAGCUGCAUUGCCCGGUGUGUGAUGAAAUGGUGAAGCAGCCUAUCCUCCUGCCUUGCCAGCACAGCGUGUGUCUGCUGUGUGCAGCUGAGGUGUUGGUACAAAGAGGUUAUCCUCCUCCAGACCUUCCUCCAGAGCCCAACUCACCUGCCUCAACGCCCAACUCCCGCUCUCCACGUCAGGCACGAAGACCGGCACCCAGGACCCCUGACCGCUUGGAGCGUGUGCUCAGAACAGGUAAGGAGGGUUUUGGGAAUGAAUAUAUGCAAAGGUGAGCAAGGAGAAUCUGAAUGAGCUCAGCAAUAUGUCACCUAAAAGUGACAUCAUACAUAUAUAUUGAAUAAGAUGAUAGCAUGUAGCUUAUACUGAUGAGUCAGAUUUAUGAGUUCAUCUGAUGACUUAUUCAAGCGCAUGCAGGGGCCAAAUCUGGUCAGGCAGAGUCAGUGAUUUGAGCAUUUGUUAUGCAGGUGAGAUUUUUAGAGUUUGCAAUCCAAUAGUCUUUCCCACAACACACUUCACAUGUGUCUGAGCUUUUUAUAAAUAAAAGUUAGAGAGAAAGAGAAUUCUGCUUUUAGACGUUCAUCAUGGGGCUUUUAUGUUUUUUUUGUAGUAGUAGUUGUUGUUUAUUCAGUCACGACAACACCAAAUAUUCAGUCACGACAACACCAAAUAUUUUACACAAUAUUGACAAGAAUCAUGUGUUGAAUAUUGACUGGAAAGGCAUAGACAGAAGCAGACUGCUUAUAAAAGCCUAUCCUGUAUUGUCAACUUUUUUAGGCUACCGACCUCCAGAAAAGCAAAGAAACCACAACAACAGAUAAUUAAUCGCACUUAUAAGCUUCAAAAAUAGCUUUACAAACCAUUUUCUUAAAAAACAAAAAAGAAUGACAUGUUUUUAGAUCUAUGUUGGCAUCAUUCCAGAGUUUAACUCCAGUAAUGGAGACACAUCUCUUUUUCAUACCUUUUUUAGCUUUUUGUUCAGUAAAUUUGUAAACACCUCUGAGAUUAUGUGGACCGUCCUGAAUUGAAAAGAACCUCUGUAUUGAGUCAGGGAGCAUUUUUGAUUUUGCUCUAAAUAUAAUUUGCAUUAUUUUAUCAUAAAACAGAUCAUAAAAUUUCAUAACAUGAGAAUUUAGAAAAAGUGGCUCCGUAUGAUCAUAGUAAUCAGUCUUAUAGCUCAUUUUUGCAGUUUUAUUAUUGAAUAUAUAGUGGUUUUAAAGGUGGAGCCCCGCAGUUCCACACAGUUAGAUAUGUAGGGAACAAUCAAUGAGUAGUAGAUCAAAUGCAAAGCCUUUGAAUUCAAUACUUUUCUAGAUUUGUACAGGAUUGCAAGUGAUUUUGAAAUUUUCCCUUUAAUGUAUUCAAUGUGUUGUUUCCAUGUUAACUUUUGAUCUAUUAACCCCAAGAAAUUUAGUCUCAGUAACUCUUUAAAUGUCAACAUUACAGAUUCUUAAUUUAACAUUACAAUCACUUUCAUUUAGAUUCCCAAAAAACAUCAAUUUUUUUUUUUUUUUUUUUUAAUAUUUAAAGAUAAUUUAAUGGCAUCAAACCAAGUCUUGAGAUUUUCCAGCUCCAUUUCUACACAACACAAAAGUUCCUUUAAAUUCUCACCAGAGCAAAACAAAUGGGUAUCAUCUGCAAAUAUGACAUAUCUAAAAAGGUCUGUUACAUUGCAGAUGUCAUUGAUAUCAAGAAUGAGGAUGUGACAGUGGAUGGAGUAAAAACCAGGAGAGACAGAAGAGAGUGACAUAAGUAAAAGAACCCGCAGGUUGGAAUCGAACCUGUGCCACCUGCUUGAGGGCUACAGCCUCUGUACAUGGGGCGGGCAGUUAAAUAAAUAGGUCAGACAGGCUUCCUAGGAUUCUCCUUUUUACAUUUUCCAGUGUCUCCAUGCUUACCUUUUCCUCCCUACUUGUCUCUAUUCAUGUCUCGUUUUACUUCUCAUUCCCACUCCUCUACACCUGUGCCCUUUUCCCAGUGUGCGGCACAUACCCGGGGCGGAGACGGAGGGACGCCGCCCCUCCCCCCAUGCUGUUCCCGUGUCCUUCCUGUCAGGAGGAUGUGGAGCUUGGAGAGAGAGGCCUGACAGACUGCCUCCGUAACCUCACCCUGGAGCGCAUCGUGGAGAGGUAUACAUGUGCACAAACACACUUGGUAUGCACCGUAACACACAUUCACAGAUUAAAUAGACAACUGCAAACAAAGAAAAACAGCACACUAGCAGUAAUUCAAGAAAAUAAUCAGAAAAUACCUUUUAGCAGUCAUGCAUGCAUUAAGGAAAUGUAGUAAAUGAAGUGUGCGAUCAAUACUUCCUUAUAUAUAAGACAGAAAAUCAAUUAUUGGAAUGACUUUGGAAAAUGAAUCUUUCCUCUAGUCCUGAUCCAAGGCUAAACCUGAGAGCAGACUGCAGCGACGGCUCAAAAACGCUGCAGUGUACUCCUAAAAAUCUGGAUCAGCUUCACCAAACUUUUGUUGUGUAACUUUAAAAGUGAAACACUUCUCACUAGCCUUUAAUGUUAAUCAUCCCCUUCUCUUACCAGUUCAAAUAGUGAAGAUCAAAGCGAGCGGAGCUGCUUUUGAAAAAAGAAAAAAAGGUGCACAGUGAUGGGGAGGGAGAGUGAUGGGGAGAGGCAGUUUCCCAGUUUCACACGCAGCAGUUUGAUGAGUGCAGCUGCUCCCUCCCCAGGCAGUGGUUGUGUUGUUGGUCAGGAAAGUGUGACGGUGCAUGUUUUAGUGAGCAGGAUGCACUAACAAGGCAGCUACUGGUGAUGUAUCCAGGUCAGGCUGUUAAAAAUUUCAACCCCUCACGACUGAAAGGAAAUCAGGGCAAGUUAGGAUGAGCUCAAUCUUCCUUUACUUAAGUUUGAAGCGCUCCUACUUUUUGCGUUUUUUCUGCUGCCAGGUUUGCUGUAACCCUUUCCUUAUCGCUCUGUCCCCCUGUCUGCCCUUUAGGUACAGGCACACUGUAAGUCUGGGCAGCAUAGCCAUCAUGUGUGGUUUUUGUAAGCCCCCUCAGUCUCUAGAGGCCACAAAGGGCUGUGCCGACUGCAAGUCAAAUUUCUGCAAUGAAUGUUUCAAACUCUAUCACCCCUGGGGAACUCCUCGAGCCCAGCAUGAACACAUCCUACCCACCAACAACUUUCGUCCAAAGGUUUGUCUGGUUUUGUGCUUUUGAUCAUAUGCAGUGACUUCUCUGUAUUGUUUUAGCACCUUAAUCCUUUUUGGUGCUUUAGGUCUUAACAUGCACAGAGCACGAGCAGGAAAGGAUGCAGUGGUACUGCCGUAACUGCCAGAGGUUGCUGUGCUCGCUUUGCAAGCUCCGCCGAGUCCACCAUGGACACAAAGUUCUGCCUAUAGCACAGGCUUACCAGGCCCUCAAGGUGAGUUUGCCCUCAAGUCUAUAACUACUUAGUCAAGAAGACCCUGAUGUAAGCAGCUUUGAAAGGUCAACUUUUGUUUUGUUUUUAUAGGAUAAGGUCAACAAGGAAAUGAACUUCAUUCUGGCCAACCAGGAGACGAUACAGAGUCAGAUCACUCAGCUAGAAGCUGCCAUCAAACAGAUGGAGGUGACGCAUCUUUACUGUGCUGCAAUUUUUGCGUCCUGUUUUGUUUUGUUGGUCUGCUUUGUCAGAGUAUCCGUCAUCCCACAUGGUAUCGUUUAACAUGAGCAAUAGUAUUUGUAAGAGGCUCUGACAUUAUGUGUGUUGGGUUCAACUGAAUUUGACAUAUUAGGAGGUUCGCAGGGAUACUUUCACUUAGAUGUCAAUACCGCCUUGGGCCAGAAAAACAAUCAUGACUUUUAUUUUGUAAAACAAGUUGAAUGCAGCCUGCUGACUUGGAAAUGAAUCUAUUUAAUGUUUAUUUUCUGCAAGUAGCACUUACAGUAUUACUAGAGCCUGGCUUUUCCGGGUAUUUUUGACACUGAUACUCAAAGCAGUUUUAAAGGGGAAUGAUAAUUAAUUGUGAUUACACUGGGACAUGUAGUUAAAGCUCCAGUGAGGAGUUUUGUGUUUCGGAAAUCAUAUCAUAUUAAUGCCUUUUUUAUGAUGUGCAAAAGUAAACAAGACCGUCAGUGACGUGCUUGAUUUUUUUUUUACUGUCACUGAUAAUGUUUGAAAAUUAUAUGAUGGUAGGUGUCAGCCUUGCCGCUCAAGAAAAUACCCUGUUUUGACUAUUUCCACAUAAAAUAUUCACAAUUGAUGAUGCAUUUUAAUGUCAAAAGUCAGCAAGGGGUUUGUGUCAGAAGACACAGUUUAAACACGUAGAGGACAUGAUAAGCAAAGGUUGCUUAGUCCAGAGGGAGCGCCAAGUUGGACACAAACUGAAAGUUCCUUGCAGGAGAUUUAAUUUUUUAAACAUCAGUAUUUUAUUAUGGACUAUGCACAGAUUUUAUACUCAAGUGAAAUGACUUCAAAGCUCUUUGCUUAAACAAGUAACAGCAUGUAAGGAUGAUUAAAUGAUUAUAGAUUUUCGACCAACCCUGAGGACCCUAGUUUCCUCUUCUUUAUGUGAAGCAGAUAAAUCUAAAAGUGUUUUUUUAAACAUCCUGCUUCAAAAACUGAAUGAUUGAAUUAUUUGUAGUUGUAAAAAAGUCAAUUCUGUUUACCCUAAGCUUUCAAUGCUGUGUGAUGUGUAUGAAGAUGGGUUUUAUAUAAGGGUGUUUCAGUAUAUAUCAGUGAUCAUUCUGAUCAUUAAUGUUUUAAUAAAUCAUAGGAAUUGUUCACCAGCCGAUUUAUUUCAACUACAGCUGCAACUGUGGGACCUCUUGAACCCUUUGGUUCCACUGCCACGGCACACUCAUAAUAGACUGAUAUUUUUCUGUCAUUUUCAGUCAGCAUGAACUGUCUUUGCACUCUUCUUUCAGCUCUUUCCACUCUCAGGAUUCCCCUCUCUGUCUCUCUCCAGGCUAACAGCACAGUAGCUCUGCAUCAGCUGACACACUGUAUCCGGGAGCUGGGAGCAGCUGUGGCGGAGCGUCAGGGGGCUUUGGCGCUGGCCCUGGAGGGAUCCCGCAGCAGGAGGGAGGAAGCCCUGUCUGCCCAGGUAUCAGAGAGACGAGGACUGCUGGAGCAUGCCGGGCUGAUGGCUUACACACAGGAACUGCUGAAAGAGACUGAUGCGCCCUGUUUUGUGCAAGCUGCUAGAAUCACUCACAACAGGUGCACACGACGCACACACACACACACACUCAGAGGGAAUACUGAUUAGAUAUGCCUCCCAGAAGGCCUUAUUUUUUAUCAGUUUAAAACUUUUCACCCGUGUAUCUCUUCUGCAUUCUUAUCUGGGUGUAUCUGUGUAUUUCUCUGCCCCACAGGCUGGUGAAGGCCAUAGAACACCUUCAGUGUUUCUGUCUCGCUGCUGAUCCCUGUUUCAGACAUUUUCACCUUGAUGCAGCCAAAGAGGUCAAGCACAUCCAAGGCUUGGAGUUCAUACGUGGUAUGCUGCUUUGUUUCUAAGAUGAAGGUGAAAAUAGUGCAAAAGUGCAGAUAAUGACAGUCCAUCACAGCAUGUUAUAGACUAGGGUACAUUAUUUUUUAUCCAAUUUUCCAAAACACAAUAACACACAGACUAUUGAUGAUGAUUAAUGCAUAAUGUUAUCGUACACAACAUUUUGCUUACUAUCACUAACCGUAACAGCAGGUGGUCAGAAAAAAAGAGUAAACUAUUUGAGUUGUGUGCGUCCAUAAUGACUCAGUCUGACUCAGCCUGAGACACCGCAGUAGCAUCAGAUGUCUGUCUUAUCUGAGUCUGGUUCUGCUCAAGGUUUCUGCCUGUAAAAAGGAUGUUUUUUUCCAUGAAGCUGUAACUUGUCAAGUGUUACAAUCAUGUGGAUGAAGUGGGGAUGGGAAUGAAUGGGUCUGAUGGUACAAGAUGAGGCUCAAUUGUAUUCAGCUUUUAUUAUUAUUAUUAUUUUAUUAUUAUUAUUAUUAUUAUUAUUAUUGUUGUUGUUGUUAUUAUUAUUAUUGUUUUUGUUGUUAUUAUUAUCUUUAUUGUUAUUAUUGUUGUUGUUGUUAUUAAUAUCUUUAUUAUUAUUAUUAUUAUUAUUAAUAUUAUUACUAUUAUCUUUAUUAUUAUUAUUAUUAUUAUUAUUAUAACCUUUAUUUAACCAGGUUUGUGCCAUUGAGAUUCACAAUCUCUUUUGCAACAGAGACCUGGCCAAGAACGGCAGCACAUGCAGAUAUUGUGAAAUGAGGUUAAAACAGGAUGAGUGGAACAAUGAAAAACAAUGAAAAACAGAAAAUUAUCGGAGCUUAGCACAGCCAUUGUCUGACUACCCUGCAAGAUUUAAAUAACCAAACUUCCCAAAACCACACCCUCAGUGUCGAAACCCUGGACGUACCUAUAAAUCAUAUCCUAAACAAAUAUAUUUUGCCUCCUACACAAAUAAUAAUUGAAUUUUCAAAAUUUGUUAAAAGAAUUUACAAGAUUAGUCAAACAUUUGCACUCCUGAAGCCUGAGUUUAUCAUGAAUUUGAUCUUAUGUUCGAUCUUCGUCUAGACCCGAGAUAAAUAUAAAUAGAUAAAGAUCGAGAGAUUGACUCUCAUUUGAAGUGCGUUAACACUUCCUCUCUCCAUCUUCACCACAGCCCCACUGGCUCCAGUCAUUGACACACAGAAGACUCUUGCCUAUGACCAGCUCUUCCUGUGCUGGCGCCUCCCCCAGGACUCGGCCCAGGCUUGGUAUUUCUCUGUGGAGUACCAGCGGCGAGCAGGAGGGGCUGCAGCCACAUGGGGAGGCAUCGGAUCCCCUAAUAGUACGACACCAUGGCUGCGCAUGGACGAAGUAAGAGGGACGAGUGCCGUGGUCGAUCGGCUGCAGAUGGACAGCGUGUACGUGCUCAGGGUGAGAGGCUGUAACAAAGCGGGGUUUGGAGAGUACAGUGAAGAAGUUUACCUCCACACUCCACCAGCACCUGGUGAGGCAAACAUUAAGACGUCCGUUUCUACUUUUCAUUCAUCUGUAAAUUGGUUUUCAUCCAGACAUAAGUUUUCAUUUGGACAUUUCUCCAACAUUGCCAUUUUUCAAUUAAUUGACUAAUCUUGUUUGUUUUUUGUCUCUCCAUCCCUUCAUCACCUCCUACUUGAUUUUGAUUUUUAGCUUCAGCAUCAAACUUUCCAUUUUUUGUUCGGCAUUCCAGUUUCAUCCCAGUCAGGCUCUUUCGACACCUUUCCUUCUUACUUCAGGUUUGUUCUUCACUUCAGAAAACCUCCUUACCCGUCAUUGAUUUCCUCGCUGUUGUCCAUCCCCUCAAAAAAAAAGUUCUGAAUCGAGGCAUUUGUUAUAUCUUGUAUAUCUACACUCGUUUUCUUUCCCUGAUUAUGUGAUCUCCUCCUAUUCCUUGAUAGCUUUUCCCCUUUGGUGUUCAGACUUGCUUUAGGAUCUAACCCCUCCUCCUUCUUGACUCCUUUCCAUUUUCCUCCUCACCAUCCCUUCCUCUUUUGUACUUCUCCCUUUUUCCACCUUUCCUCCUUCUGUCCUCUCAGUGUUGAGUUUCUCCUUGGACUCACGCUGGGGGCUACACGCUGACAGGCUAGCGCUGGGUAGAGGCCAAACCUACGCUCGCAGUGUGCCAGGCCUCUCCCUCCUGCAGGCUGCCGACCGCACUCUCACUUCCUGCCACUUGACCUCUGACCUGCUGGUGGCUGACUUAGCCGUCACUCAAGGCAGACACUACUGGGCGUGCUCGGUGGAACCUGGGUCCUACCUGGUGAAGGUAAGCUAGGUGAAGAAAGAUUGAUGGUCUGGUUUCACAACAGCUAGCUUUAUAUAACACGCUGAGUCAAAGCGGACAUGACUAAAGCUUUUUGGCUCUUUUUCCCUCCAUCUUUCAGGUGGGAGUAGGACAAGAGGUGAAGCUACAAGAGUGGUUUCAUCUCCCCCAGGACAUGACAAGCCCCCGGUAAGUCAGGAUUAAUUUUUUUCCCAAAAGUUUGAAGCUUUUUUUUUAAAGUUUUGAGUCUUGUAUGCCUUGUUUAGAGGAUAAGAUAGGAGACAGAGGAGGAAGCUGGAAAGAGAGUGGAUAAUUACAGUGGAUCAGCAUCAAACACGCCCCUGUAAAUGGCAUGCACAGCUUAACUGCUGAACCAUUUUUUGACAGUAAUUGAUAUUCCAAGCAACAACAGCGUGGAAAUAAAUGGAAUUUUUCACAGGGAUAUAAUUCUUGAUGUUUUAGCAGAUCUGGCUAUCCAGACUCACACAAAGAGUUAGGAGCUGAACUACCAUCGCUGUUUUCUAUUUAAAGAAACAUCUUCUGUUCACUUUUUGGUCUUCCUCGGCCAGCAGUACAACUUGUGAACACACCACCUGGAAAAAUCUGCUGCCACAGAGUUAAUGAUAAACAACAGCUGAUAAAAUUAGCCAAAGAAGUAAAGUAACAAAAGUGAGAAAUGCAGGGUCAGUAGAUAUUUGUCUGCAUGUGAUUGAUGAUUUAAGUUUAUUUUGAACAUAUUAAAAAAAUGAUAAUUAUAAAAAAGUGAAGAAUACAACAAAAAAUGAUAAAAAGUUUUCCAUUUUCAAAAAGAGUCUAGUCCCACCCCGUCUCUUCACUAAUGAUUUACAUAUAUAUCAUAAUAUUUUAUAAUAAUAUUAAUCAUCAUCAUAAUAACAGCAAUAAAAAAAUAAUGAUAAUGUUAAUAGGAACUAUGAUUGUGUUUCACAUCUAAUGGGAGACAUGAAUUAGUGCAGCUCAAAGUCUGAAAACUCAUGUUGGCCGUGCUACCAACAUCUUCUUUUUGGAAUAACAAAUACACUGAAAGCCAUUUCUUUAAGCCUCGCUCAUCUAAGUUUAGUUUUACUCUGCAAACAGGUUUUUUUACAUGAGAAAAAUGCAUGUAUUUCUUUUAUUCAUCUUUGAGAAAUAUUGAAUGUCUCCUUACACCAUGAUCACAGAUAAAACUGCACACUGUAUCCCUGCUGUGCAUGAUGUGAAAAACCAUCACUGCCAACAUUCAAAAUUGCUGCAAAUAUAGAAUUCAUCCAUGUGUAGGGAGGAUCACAGGCACAAAAAGUCUGAUUUUAAGGUGUCACAUUUGGAACAUUUUUCUAUUUCAAAGUAUAAUUGUGUUUUUUUCCCCAAAACUUUUCUUUCAUAUCUUUUUUUUUUGUGUGCAAGUGUCAAUCAAAGAUGCUCUUGUCUGCAAUAUGGAAAUCUAUCAUAGCUCUUUCCCAUUUCUAGGCUUUUCAAGUUUUUGUUUAUUAUUAAUACUUCAUUUAGAUUCAUGUAGCAUUGUUUUUUCUCUUCACUAACUUUCUUCUUCUCUCCCACUCAGCUGCGACCCAGACAGCGGCCAUGACAGUGGAGCAGAAGACGACCAGCACUCUCCCCCUUUCUGCUUCCUCACAAUAGGCAUGGGCAAGAUUCUGCUUCCUCAGGGACACAGUCACAGUCAGAGCCAGUCAGAGGGAGCCCUGCACUCCCACAGUAGCAGCCACAGUAACCUUCCUCACCAUUACACCGCUCCUCUCCCACCUCGACUCGGCGUGUGCCUAGACUGUGACAAAGGACGUGUCACUUUCUAUGACGCCCACUCGUUGAGGAUGCUCUGGGAGGGACAUUUGGAUUGUUCGGCUCCCGUGUGUCCGGCCUUCUGCUUCAUUGGCGGGGGGGCCCUGCAGCUUCAGGACCUCGUGGCCAAUCGGAUCAUUGAGGAGCCGCCACCUCGGAGGGUGACUAUCCAAACGCGUGCAACUAAUCUCAGCAAAUAAACAACAGUCCGAAGGCACUGUUCACUCAAUAUGUCUGUAGAGUUAAAGGUGGUUUAUAUUUGCCACCUAUAAUCUGAGUUUGUGGUUAAUUGCCUUGAUCCUGUCAAACUUCAACUUGAUCGAACUGUCACAGCUAAAUAUGGUUAUGUGAUUUCUUUUGAAUGUGAUUUUUUGAAAUCUGACUAUGAAAAUCUGACGUUUCUUUGCAUUUGCACUUAGCCUGGAAAUAUCAAAUUCUCCUUUUUUGGCUUUAUUUAAUCUAAUAUGUAUUCCAGCUGCUUUUUGCCUUGAUUUUGCUGUGCUCCUAAGAAAAGAGUAGCUGGAGUGAUCUUAGACUAUGCAGAAUUUUGUUGACAGGGUGAGCCAAAUGCCUUUUAAAAAGGUUCAAAAAAGUCAGUUUGCAAUGAAAAAAAAAAAGAAAGCCCUCCCUUUACUGUUGUCUGGAUUUGUUGCAGAAUUGCUGGGCAACAUGCAUUGCAUGCAAGCAAAGCUAGGAUUCAUACUAAUAUACUCUUAAUGCAGAUAACUGUCAUUCUGUAAAAGCACCUCAAAUGUACUGUAUGUCCAAUUUUAUAUCCUCAAUUUUUUAUGUAGCCUCAAAAGUGUUCACAGUAUGUAUCCAAGUGGGAACUGGAGAUGGUGAACAUAAAGUACUGUUGGCUCAUGUCAGGAUAACAUGUCUCUGAGUCUGAACAGUCCUGAGUGGCUUUUAUAGAGUCGUUGUUUUGUAUUUCAGAAAGGGAAAACUCACAGGAAACGUUACAGUUGACUCGUUUUUGAGGAGAAGAAUCACGUCUGAUUACGCUGUUUGACUCAGAAACAUGCAAGUACAGUUCAUUGUUUUACCUUUUGUGAAGAGCAGCAAAAAAGUCGAUGUCCUACAUGUGUGGCAUUAAACUUUGGUGUUUUAAUAAUUUGCACAUAAUAAUAAUAAGAUGUGACAUUUCAGAAAGUACACACUGUAAUAUGUGGAGAAAAAAGGUCUAUUUGAUGAGCUCUGGUUGACUUUCACUUUAUUUUUUUCUAUAGCUUUUUGACUUUACUUUGAAUCUCCCAGAUGCUCAUUGACUCUUAAGCUGGUUUACGGUAAUUUUGGGGAAUGUAACCGCAAAAUUCUGUAUCGUUUCAAUGCAAGAAAUCGUCACAAUAUUUUCGAAUCUACUUGCUCUGUGUGCAUUUUGAUAUAAGAUAUGAUUUUCUGGUGUGUGUAUGUGUGUGUGUGCGUAUGUGGGCUCUGGCUGGGACUUUGAUGCUUUCAGUUGUGUGUGAUUCCUGCCUUGAAUGACAUGUCUAACCUCCUCUGCUUGUGUUUCAGCACAUGAAUGAGAUUAGACUGUAGCAUCCCAGAAAUCAGACUCUUCAUUUAGACUUAGCCUCACAGGCCGAAUGUUUCUUUGAUGUCAUAUAAGAAAACAAUAAAUAAAUGAUGGAUGACCAUUAAUUCGACUCAGUUUC